UCAUUUAUAUUAUAUACUAGUAAAAAAACCCAUUUUAAGGCUUAUAAAACAUAUUUAAGUGCUGAUUAUUUUCCAUAUUUUAUAUAAACUAUAAACUAAAACAUGUUGUUUUAUUUUGUCCGGACAUGCCUUAACCCUAUUUGGCCUGGGGUUUUUCAAACAUAUUAUGACCAGGGGUGGGGGGGGUCUGCCCCCACGGUAACUUUUCAUAGGCUUGUCCAAACUGAAUCAAACUUAGCACACUUAUAGUACGUCACAAAAGGAACAAAAUGGCAGCAAUAAAUUUUUGCUUGCGUCAGCACUUUUUCUGUUCAAAAGCUUGAAAAUUCCUCAAAAUGUCACUAUCUGCUUAAAAUUCAAUUACCUUAGUUCUACAUCGAAUUUUUACAUUCUGGUGUAAGUUUAUGAAAGGUAAAUAAAAGUUAUUAUAUAAUUUUUUACACGGAUGGCAUGAAAAAUUGCCUGGAAAUCCAGUUUUUUACUAAUUUUUACAAAAAAUCAGGAAAUUGGAAUAAGCACGUGUUCAAAACAUGCAAAAUUAUUCUUCUUUUUAUUUUUGUGGAUCUGAAUUCAGAAAUUUUUUUAAAUAUGCUUUUGUACAGUUCAUCGUAAGAAAUAUUUCAUUUUUAGAUCAAACAAAACAAUGUUUCGAUAUACGAUUUUACUAUCUGUCUUGCUGGACAUGACGCAAAGCUCUCCUCCACAUAUUGUUAUGAUAGUAGCUGAUGAUAUGGGAUUUAAUGAUGUGAGUUUUCAUGGUUCUCAACAAAUCCCUACACCAAACAUUGAUUAUCUUGCAAAUAAUGGGAUUAUACUUAACAACUACUACGUUUUACCCAGUUGUACUCCCACAAGAAGUGCAAUUAUGACUGGAAGAUAUCCAAUACAUACAGGUAUGCAGUCAGGGACAAUAUAUGCAGCUAAUGCAUGGGGUGUAGGAUUGGAAGAAAAAAUGCUACCUCAAUAUUUGAAAACAUUGGGAUACAAAACUCAUGCUGUUGGAAAGUGGCACCUUGGUUUCUUUGCACGCGAUUACACACCAUCGCGGAGAGGUUUUGAUACCUUUUAUGGAUACUAUGGCGGUCAAGCAGAUUAUUGGGACCAUUCAUUAGCAUCAAACGGAUAUUGGGGAUUGGAUUUACAUAAGGAUACACCGUCGACUAGUAAAAAUGUGUGGACGCAAUGGGGUAAUUAUAGUAGUAACAUGUACUCCCAUGAAGCUGUAGAUCGCAUCAAAGGUCAUAAUUUGAGCGAACCAAUGUUUCUCUAUGUGGCAUAUCAAGCUGUUCACAGUGCUAACCUUGUGGAAGAUCCUUUACAAGCGCCUCAAAAAUGGAUUGAUAAGUUCAAACAUAUCAAACAUAAUGGCAGACGAAAGUAUGCAGCUAUGAUGGCAGCAAUGGAUUAUGGAAUUGGCAUGAUUUACAAAGCACUGGAAAAGCGUGGCAUGUUGGAUAACUCAAUUAUAAUAUUUACCUCUGAUAACGGUGGUCCAGCAAAUGGAUUGGAUAUGAAUUGGGCAACAAAUUAUCCCUUGCGUGGUGCAAAAACUACUGUUUACGAGGGAGGUGUCAAAGCUGCUGCUUGUGUUUACAGCAAGCUUUUUAAAACUCCAGGACAAGUAUCACGUGAUAUGAUGCAUGCCACUGAUUGGUUGCCGACUUUACUAUCAGUUGCUGGUUACAACACAACAGAUUUGCAUUAUCUUGAUGGAAUGAAUAUGUGGCAAACACUGCAGAAGAAAUCCCCUUCACCAAGAAAUGAAAUACUUGUUAAUAUUGAUCCUCAUGUUUAUCAUAACGCAGCUCUUAUUGUAGGGGACUGGAAACUAGUUAACCAAAGUCGUUUUUAUGAUGGAUGGUACCCUCCUCCCGAGGUAGAGAAUUCUUAUGAAAAUAGUCGUUACUCCUUCACUGAUGACAUGAAUGAUUAUGUAAGGUUCGAAGGAGAAAAUGAUGCUCGUAUUAAAUGUGGACAUAAACCUUUGAAAGUGUCUUACUGUGGUGGCAAGAAAUAUCGACCUUGCCUAUUUAACCUUAAAGAAGAUCCUUGUGAAUACACAGAUGUUUCAAAAGAUCAUCCAAUUAUUUACAAGAAAAUGUUGGAUCGAUUGCAAGAAUACAGAGAUGGCAUGGUGAAGUCAAGACGAACCACAUAUCGUGAUCCAGAAGCUAAUCCUAAAUUAAAUAAUGGUGUGUGGGGUCCUUGGAAGAAUUUGUUAGUAUGAUUUAAACUUGCAGUAUCUUGGUAACAUGGUAGUCUAAUCUACUGUGUGAUUGUAUCUUUUCACGUUGGAUGUGUAACACCAUGUUGUUUCGCAGUAGAUGGCUAAAUGUGUAAAAUUUUCUUCGAGUUUAAACGUUUUGUUUUUUUGCCUGUAUCGCAUUAUUUAUAGAUUUUUUUAUUAUCA